AUCUAACCAACUUCCCGCCGCCCGAGACGCCAGACGAUGACGCCAUGUUGGAUUUCACGGCCCUGUCCACCUUCCCCCCUCCCGUCUUCUCCUCCAACUCCUCACUGGCCAGCUUAGGCCACGACUCAGACCCCCUGACAAUGAUGACCACCCCCACAGUCCGACCAUCAGUCACCCCGGCCCGCCUGGAGCGCUCAGCCAGCACCGGUCAGUGCCCAGAUUUUCUGGACGAAGACAUAGACGCUCUCAUCGCCCAGUUCACCAUCCCUCCCCCACCCCCGUCCUCGCACAGCCCCGCCCACUACAACGGCGGGGGCGCGGACACCCACACAACGCCCACCACACACGGCUUCUCCCAGAGCUUCAGCGGUGCCUUCCCGUCCUCCCUCACAUCCGGAGACCAACUGGACGUCUCCUCCAGCCGUGACGUCACGUCGUCCGGCGGCUCUGUGAGUGACGUGUCCAGACAGUUUGUGGACGAGGAGCUGUCCAGGUUGAUCAUCCCGCCCCCUCCCAGCUCCGCCGCUGCCUCACCGUCCACUGAAGACAUUCCCAGCGCGUGUGUGGGACAAGGGGCACAGGGAACGACAGCCCGAGACGCCAGCCCCUCACAGACAAGUCCUGUCUCGGCGUCUGCCGCCACACACAAGCCUUCCUAUCGCCACCACAAACGAUCCUCCUCGCUGGAUAUCCCUUCCGUACGUUCCGCUGUGGAGUCGCUCGCGAACAGCGCCAAGAGUAAAUCGUUUGACAAGAAAGCGGAGAGCGGUGUCGGUGAUUCUCCACCCUCCCCCACUACCACAUCGCCUCACCCGGCCAGUUCUGUCGCCGGUUCUGCCGCCGGUUCAAACGGUUCUGUUGACGAGCUGACCGGGGAUUCCCCUGCCGCGGUCUCUGAGAAGCUACACAGUCUGUUACAGUCGCUACCCAACUUCGCGCCGGAACUCUCGCGCUACGACAGUGACCAGAACUUUGUGCGCACCGGCUCUCUGCGCAUCUACCGUAGCUCCUCCCUCGACCUAAGCCCCGCCCCCACGAACCUCGUCCCAGAUCCAUCGUCCAAUCAAACUGUCGCUGCCGCCUCUACUGGCAGCAUGCCCAACUCCAAUUCCGUCCCGAUUUUCUCUCGAAGUUCCUCGCUGAGACUGAAGAAGCCGUGGCACAGGUCGAGGAGCCAGAGCUACGACCAGCAGGGUUUGGCUCUCCUGUCCGGCCGCUCCAACUCGGAGAUCUUGUCAGACGCGAGCCACCGCACGGCCUCGGGCAAAUCCGGGUCCGGGUCCGGGAAGUCCUCGGAGAAAUCCUCCUCGGGCGGUUCCGAGAGUUUCGCCUCGCUCAAAGCCAAGCUCAAGGACUACCGAGACCUGCUGCUGAACCGGAACAAGUCGAGCAGCUCGUCCCGGAAGUACGCGACCACCGGGGACGAGUCCGGGUCCGAGUCGGCCGGGAAAUCCUCGCUCCGGCGAUCCGGUUCUUUCAGCAAGCUGGUGUCCAGCCCGUUCAGCCGGCGAGGCUCAAAGACUGACGCGGAGGGUACGGGUUCGAUCACGUCCGCCGACAGCAACUGGGAGCUGAAGGAGGCUAAGACACCCGCCGUGGUGGCGCCGCCUGGCGGAGAGCUGGAUGCAGGGGGAGAGAAGCGAGUGCCGGCGGUGAGGGAUAGCCUGGCCACCAACCGGCCGGGUCUCCGCCCCUUGUCCAGCAACAACGUCAACCAGCCUGAAGGAGAAGAAGAAAAGAAAGGAGAAGAAGAAGAGAAAGAAGAAGAAGAAAAAGAAAAAGAAGAAGAAGAAGAAGAAGAAUCAAAACAGGCAGAAACUCACGAAGAGGAAGAGUGACACUUUGGGCUGUGGCCGCCAUCUUGUUUCUCCCUGGCUAGUCUUUCCAGGUAUUCUGGGCAUGCGCAGUCAGUGUGUUUGCUGUACGUCACAAUAUUAUCAUUAUUAUUAUCCUUCUCAUUAUGAUCCUUGCAUGCGAUUGGUGGAGGUAUUCUUUUCUCACUGGCGUAGAUCUAGCUCUCUUGGCGUCUCUCAUUCUUCCUCAGACCCGCAUCCCAUACAUGACAUGCGUUAUCCACACUUAGAUAUGAUUUGGCAUGACGGUAGAUUCGGGUUUUGAAUUGAUCCUGGUAUUUUUUCCCUUCUUUUUUUUGUUUUUUUUUUGUUUGUGUUUUGUUGAUUUCCCGUGUGCCUGCCUUCCUGUUUUGGUGUGUUUGUACCCAUGUAUUUUGGGUGGAAUGUUUUCUCAAGUUCCCCAGUAGAGCUUUUGUUUGCAGAGAGUUGAACGUCUCUUGUUGACUUUGGGCUGGAGUUUCGCAUGGAUGGGUGGCUUUGUUGUUCUGUUUGUUUGUUGCCUACUUAGUGCCUGUGUGUGUGUAUGUGUGUGUGUGUGCGUGUGUAUGUGUG